AUGCAUUUGAAAACUCUCUCAAAUCUUCUCGUUUUUGUGGCGACGGUUGCUGCGCACGGAUAUGUGGAUAAUGUGACGAUUAAUGGGAUUCUCUAUACUGGUUAUCAAUCUCCUCUUCCAAAGCCCGAUUCAGAUCCCUACUAUGCUACACCACCCCCACGUAUCAUUCGUCCAGUCCAGGGCAAUGGUCCUAUCACCGAUCUUACGCUUAUUGAUCUUCAAUGUGGUGGUUAUACCGAAGGGGGUAUUGUUGGUUCCAAACCUGCGAAUUUGACUGCGGGGCCGGUUGCUGCUGGGAGUACGGUUAGUUUGAGAUGGACGCUGUGGCCGGAUAGUCAUUCCGGUCCAGUAAUAACUUACAUGGCGAAAUGUCCCGCUGCAGGAUGUAGUAAUUAUCUCCCCGGCACUGACCACCGGACGCAUCGGCAACACGACCGUCUGGGGCGACACCCCCUAAAAACCGCCGGAAAUUCUUACUCUUACACUAUCCCCUCCUGUCUCUCUGCCGGUUCAUAUAUUGUGCGUCAUGAAAUCCUUGCGUUGCAUGCAGCGUGGACAUAUCCGGGCGUGCAAUUUUAUCCAAGUUGUCAUCAGAUACAGGUUACGGGAAGUGGAACAAGCACGGGUCCUAGUAGUAAGGUGGCUAUUCCGGGUGUCUAUAAGGCAACGGAUCCCGGAAUUGUUUAUGAUAUGUAUGCGGUUCAAACAUAUACGAUUCCGGGACCGGCAGUCUUUUCGUGCUAG